GGAAACAAAUUUAAUCAUGUCUAAUGUCAAUUAUCGUACUUUGUCACUCCUUUCUCUUCAGUGAUAAAUUAAACUAUAUAGUAUAAAUUAAUUAGUAAUUGUACUGUAACAUAUUUUUAAAAAAUAUAGCAGUCUAUAUGAAAAAAAUGCAAUGAUAGCUGAGUUUUAGUAUAAAUAAGAUAAGAGUAUUCAUCCACCACAAGGAUUUUUUAUUAAGUCUUUCAAGGAAUAGAUAAUACUUUAUUGAUAAAAAUGUCAUCAUCAGAACAAUCAAUGAUUGUACAAUCGAAAUUUGUCUCAGGGGAGACUGUAAUAAUUGCAAUGGAUGCAUCAUUGAUACAAGGUUGGGUUAAAGCUGCACGAAUUAUAGCACUUCUUAACAAGGGAACCACUCAUGCAUUGGUUAUUUUAAUUACUUCAAGAACACCUCCUCAAGUUUAUAGUGAUCUUACCAUAGAAAGAGUAUUGCCUAUUGAUCAAGAUUUUAAAUGUAAUAUAAAUACUGAUGAAAAACAACAAGAUGGUUUAGAUGUUUAUCUGAAUGUUACAUCAAGGAAAUUACACCUUGUAUUUGAAAUGAGGCCUGGAGUAGCAACUAGCUCCUUAGUGUCUGAGAUAUUUAGGGCUAUAGAAGUAUAUCAAAAAACCAAGAAUUCAGCAUCAGAAUUUUUAUGGGUUCAAAAAUUGACAGGAAAUACACGUAAUUUAAGUUCUAAUACCAAUGAAGAAAUACAAGAUAAUACCGAUCCUUUGGUAGAUUUAGAAAGUCCAGUUUUAGUUGUAACAAGACGCAGCAUUGCUUCUGGCAAAUCACCAGUAGCUGCCAGAGAAUCAGCAGUACGAUAUCAAAUGGCAUGCAAAGAAGAUGAUUAUACAUACAGUAAAACAUUUCGUAUAUUUAUUGGUACAUGGAAUGUAAAUGGCCAACCACCAAAUGGUAUUAAAUUGCAUGAGUGGUUGAGUUAUGAUAAAACACCUCCUGAUGUAUAUGCAAUUGGAUUUCAAGAAUUAGAUUUAACUAAAGAAGCAUUUCUUUUUAAUGAUACCCCAAGAGAAGAAGAGUGGAGGCAAGUUGUAGCAAAAUCUCUUCAUCCAGAUGGUGUGUAUGAACAAGUAGCUAUUGUGAGAUUAGUCGGUAUGAUGUUACUUAUAUAUGCUUUACAUGGUCAUAUACCUUAUAUAAAAGAUGUAUCAGUUGAUACAGUAGGUACUGGUAUCAUGGGUAAAAUGGGUAACAAAGGAGGCGUAGCAGUAAGCUGCUCUAUUCACAAUACAUCGAUUUGUUUUGUUAAUGCUCAUUUAGCAGCACAUUGCGAAGAAUAUGAAAGACGAAAUCAAGAUUAUGCAGAUAUAUGUGCGCGAUUAUCUUUUGCAAAAUAUGUUCCACCUAAAAGUUUUAAAGAUCAUGAUCAGAUCUAUUGGUUAGGAGACCUGAAUUACCGAAUAACAGAAAUGGAUGUUCUAGCUGCUAAACAACAUAUAGAUGCAGAAAACUAUGCUCCUAUCUUAGCUUUAGAUCAAUUAGGUCAACAACGACGAUUAGGCCGUGUUUUACAAGGAUUUCAAGAAGCAGAAAUUACGUUUAAACCAACAUAUAAAUAUGACCCAGGCACCGAUAAUUGGGACUCAAGUGAGAAAGGUAGAGCUCCAGCAUGGUGUGAUCGUAUACUAUGGAAAGGAGAAGCGAUUACAUCAAUAGAUUAUAAAAGUCAUCCUGAAUUAAAAAUUUCAGAUCAUAAACCCGUCAGUGCAAUUUUUGAUUCUCAGAUUAGGAUCAUAGAUAUGACAAAAUAUCGUAAGAUUCAUGAAGAAGUUAUGAAAAAACUUGAUAAGUUAGAAAAUGAAUUUUUACCACAAGUAAUGGUUGAUACAACAGAAAUCAUAUUUGAUACUUUGAAAUUUCUUGAACCUAGCAGUAAAGAACUUAUUAUUGCUAAUACUGGUCAGGUACCAGUUCAAUUCGAAUUCAUAAAAAAAUUAGGCGAUGCUAGUUAUUGUAAAGAUUGGCUGGAUAUAGAACCAUUUAAAGGUUUUAUAAAACCAGGAGAGAAAUGUGAUACUAGAUUCGAAAUAUAUGUCGACAAAAAAUCGGCAUGUAAAUUAAAUUCUGGAGAAGAUAAAUUAUAUGAUAUUUUAAUUUUACAUCUUGAGGGAGGAAAGGAUAUAUUCAUAACUGUUACAGGUACUUAUGAAAGAAGCUGUUUUGGAUCUUCAAUGGAAGCUUUAGUUCACAUUCCAGUACCAAUUAGAGAAAUUCCUAUCGGUAGAUUAAUGGAACUCGAAAAUAAUAAAAAUCUUUCUCAAGAACCAUAUGCUAUACCUAAAGAAAUAUGGUUAUUAGUUGACAGAUUGUAUCGACAUGGUAUAAAAACGACGGGGCUUUUUGAGACACCCGGACUUCCCAGUGAAAUUAUAGCAAUAAGAGAUUGGCUAGACAAUUGGAGCCAAGAUCCAAUGCCUGGUAGCGUACAUUCAGUUGCAGAAGCAUUACUUUUACUUUUAGAAUCUACAGCAGAACCUUUAAUCCCGUAUAAUCUUCAUAGUGUAUGCUUAUCCGCAGCAACAAAUUAUUUACAGUGCAAACAGAUUGUAAUGCAACUUCCAGAAAUAAGGAGAACAGUUUUUGUUUAUAUUUGUUAUUUUUUGCAAGAAUUAUUAAAUCAUACUCAAGAUAAUGAAUUGGAUGCCAAAACCCUCGCAACAAUAUUUGGAUCAAUUUUUUUAAGAGACCCACCGAGAAGUAGAUGUGAUAGAAAUCAAAGUAGUCGUACUCAGAUCGUCCAAGCAACAAUUGACCGAAAAAAAGCUGCAUUUGUUUAUCACUUUUUAGUAAAUGAUCAAAGUGACUUUAUUCUUGGCCGAUAGUAAUAUUUAAAACUUAAAAACAAGUAUUUAUUAAAUGCAAUGCAGCUAAUGCAAAUUUUAAACGAAAUAAAAUGUUUUGUUUAGGAGAAAAUAAUUUUAUAGGUAGCAGCAUGUUAAAUAAAUAUUUUAUGACAUUAA